AUGGCUCUGGCGCAGCUGGGCCGGUGUGCAGUCGCUGCUCGGUCAGUUGUGCUGCAUAAUUCUUUGGGAAGUGCUAACUUCAGCACCAAAGGAAAUGCUGAGCCCAGCAAGCAACCGCUUAAGAAACCAAAAUUACCUGUAGGUCGUUUCGAUGAGUCAGAGCAAUCCAGUGCAGAAAAAGAGCCACUAGAAAAAUUUCCUGAUGACAUCAAUCCUGCAACAAAAGAAAAGGGUGGACCCAAAGGCCCUGAACCAACUCGUUAUGGAGACUGGGAGCGGAAAGGACGCUGUAUAGAUUUUUGAAUGGCUCCAUACAGU